AUGGCUCCAGUAAACCAGUCGGCUGUGACCAUGUUCAUCUUGCAAAGCUUUGUUGAGGACCACUUGGUCAAGGAUACCCUCUUCUGCCUCUUCUUUGCCUUGUUCAUGGCAUCCAUAGCUGGCAAUGGCCUAAUUAUCAUAACCAUCCACAGCAGUCCCAACCUCCACACUCCCAUAUACUUCUUCCUAGCCAACCUUGCCCUGAUGGAUGUGAUCUGCACUGUGACCAUCUUGCCCAAAGUCCUGCAGUGCCUGGUGACAGAGAACAGCAUUUCUUAUGAGGGAUGCCUUACACAGAUGUUCAUCCUCUCCUGGGUCCUGGGCUCUGAGCUUCUGCUUUUCUCUGCCAUGGCCUAUGACCACUACCUUGCAAUCUGCCAGCCAUUGCACUAUGGUACCCUCAUGAGUGGCAGGGCCUGUGUGGCCCUUGCAACCUUUGUGUGGUUCACUGGAGCUCUCAACUCCUUGAUGCUCACUUGUCUGGUAUUGCCACUGUCCUUCUGUGGUCCCAAUCUCAUCACACACUUCUUCUGUGAGAUCCCUUCUGUGUUGAUGCUGUCCUGCAGCCCCACUUUUAUCAACAACGUUAUGACUGUCAUUGCAGACAUGUUCCUGACAGGCCUGGACUUCUUAUUGACCAUGACAUCCUUGUCCUUGGCCAACGAAAUGGAUAAGGAAUGCAUCUGGCAGAGAGAGGAUGUGGGGGCUGAACCUGGAGGAGUGGAGGAAAGAGAAAUUGAAGAUGAGAUGUAA